AUGAUGCUCCUGUUGAAGCUGGUCGUGAUCCUCCUCUGCGUCUGGAGGGGAGAGGGCCGAUGGCUAAGCUCACUGAUCGAUCAGAAACAAGGAGCAGCCUCUCCACACUUUUCACCUAAUGUGGGCAUGAGAAACAGAGAUCCAGCAGCAGACACCCAGUCGAAAGAUUCUGGAGCCAGGCCAUCACAUGUCCCCAUCCGGUCCCGUCGCUCCACUUUUGACUCCCAGUGCGGCCUGCGCUCCAUCCUGCUGCAGGUCCGAGACCUGGGGCUGGGCUACGACUCCGACGAGACCGUCCUCUUCAAGUACUGCGGUGGGGCGUGUCCCCACGCUCGCUCCAACCAUGACCUCACCCUCACCAACCUGCUGCUGAGCGGGGUGCUGCCUCAACCGGCGCCUGGCGAGUUGUGGCACAACGCACCCUGCUGCAGGCCCACCCACCACGAGGACAUGGCCUUCUUGGACAACUCGCAUCGCUGGCACAAGGUGGAGAAGCUGCUGGCUGCAGGCUGUAGCUGUGUGGGAUAG